AUGAAUGGUAUUCAGAACCAAGAGCCAAAUCCCAUUGCGGAUGCCAUCAAGCAAAUAACAGAUCAUUACCUCCGCGAAGCCAGCGACCCCGAGAAUCAGCCAAUAUGCAAAGUGGCCGAUACGGAGACUGCCAGUAUUCUGACCGAGAAAUAUGCGCUUCCCGAUGAUACCCCUCAUGAAAUCGAGGAUGUAUUAAAGGAAGCCAUUGAAGUCAACGACUACCGAAUCCGUAACGGUCACCCGCGUUUCUUUGGAUUCAUACCGUCCCCGAUAUUGCCUGUCGCCUGGCUUGGGGAUGUGGUGUCUUCAGUAUUCAAUGUCCACGCUGGAUCACGCAUGCAGAGCUCUGGCGCGAGUGCAAUUGAGAAGAGUCUAAUCCAUUGGAUGGCGACAGCGGCAGGCUUGCCUGCAGAGACCGCCGGCGGUAUCUCUGUAUCCGGAGGGUCGAUGGCGAACCUGACGGCCAUGAUCCUAGCCCGCGACAACAAACUGCCUCUGGAUAAGAUGCAGGUUGGUGUUGCGUACGUCUCCGAUCAGACUCAUUCCUCUGUUGCCAAAGGCUUGCGCGUUCUCGGUUUCCGUGCCGACCAAGUGCGCAAAGUGCCCAGUAAUGAUAAGUUCCAGCUAGACAUUCAAGCGCUGGAAGAUGCAAUUAAGACUGAUCGCGAUAGCGGCUUGUACCCCUUUAUGAUUAUUGCCACCAGUGGAACAACAAACACUGGAGCAAUUGACCCCAUAGACGCAAUUACAGAAAUUGCUCGGCGCGAGGACCUCUGGGUCCAUGUCGACGGUGCUUAUGGGGCUUCGGCAAUCCUGUCCAAGACUCGCCGCAAGUUGUUCAAUGGUCUUGGCAAAGUAGACAGUAUUUCAUGGGAUGCCCAUAAAUGGCUAUUCCAGACUUAUACGUGCAGUUUUGUGCUUGUCCGAGACAAAUCCUUACUCAGCAAGAGUUUCCACACAAGUGCCGAGUAUGUCCAGGACGCCACGGACAUGGACUACAUACCAAACUACUGGAAUUUCGGAAUAGAACUGACACGACCUGCGCGAGCAACAAAGUUCUGGUUCACCCUUCGUGUUCUCGGCCUCGACAAGAUUAGUUCAAUGCUCGACCAUGGGAUAGACCUUGCCGAGUACGCGGAACAACAGGUGCGGAAAUUGCCUCAAUGGCAGAUCACCAGCCCGGCCAGCCUGGCCAUCGUUACCUUUCGACACGUACCGGAAGGUAAAACAGAUGCUCAAUUGGAUGAAUUGAAUACGAAAAUAUCACAGCAGCUACUGGCUGAGAAUGUGGCGGGUGCGUUGACAACAAGAGUUCAUGGUAGGGUGGUCUUGCGCAUGUGCUCGAUUCAUCCGGAACUAAGCAGGGAUAGCAUGAAAGACAUUGUGGCGCGCAUGCAUGACAUUGGCCAAGAGUUAGCGUCCUGCAUGCCAUAA